AUAUCAUCAUCAGCCCCCUUCCUCCUCUCUCUCUUGGCUCUCCUCCCAACAACCCACGCCGACAACAAAACAUGCUACUUCCUCGACGGCAGCGUCGCAACCGCAGACGUGCCCUGCACCUCCGACGAAACCACAAACUGCUGCAACAAAGCCGAUGUCUGCAUGUCCAAUGGUCUCUGCUAUCUACAGGGUUCUCACGGCAUGGUGCUUUCAAGGGGAAGUUGUACGGAUAAAUCUUGGGGUGCUAGGUGUUUUGCGCCUUGUUCAAGUUCAAACCGCAACAACGGCUUCCCCGUCAUCAACGUCGGUUUCUCAGGCAAAGACUCCCAAUACUGCUGUGGCUCUGUUACCGUGAAAGACGGCAAGACGACCUGUACAUCAGAAGGGGAUCCCUUCACGAUUACCAUGGGGACGGCGAUACCCGGCGUGGCGGGGUUAUCUGUGAACAACAACGACAACAACAAUAACAACAAUAACUCUGAUUCGGGGUCGGGGUCGGGGUCGACGAACAACACUGACUCAACGUGCGACGACCAAAGGUUAAAGGAGAAGGCAUUGGAUAAUCAUGAUAUUGCCAUUGGGGUCGGGGUGGGUGUGCCGUUGGGGCUUAUUGCGGUGGCCUCGAUUGUUUGGGCGUUGUAUGAGCGGAGACAGAGACGGGGUGCCGGAGGGGGUGUGGUUGGGGAGAAGGCGGAGGGAGGAGGAGGAGGGUAUGUGGGUUUAUAUGGGGAUGGGAAUAUGGGUACGCCGAAUAUGGGAGGGAGUAUGAAUAUGAAUCAUGGGGGGACACCACUGGUGGAGUUGAAUACUACUACUGGUACUCAGAGACCGGUAGAGUUGGAUUCUGGAAAAGUGCAGAGGUGAUGAUAUACUAGGGUUCUAGAUGGGUGGUUGUUGUUGUUAUGUGUCAUGUGUUUGUUAUAUUGAUACCUGGUUGCUUAUCUGUACUUUACCUUACUUAUCUAAUGUUGGGCUGCAAUGGAUGAUGUCAGAUGCAUCGUGGUUUCUCUUGUCAUACUCCGAGUCUUGUCCUGAUGGAUACUUGGAAUGAUUGGGCUUUAUAGCUGUGGAGCAUGGGUUACGAGUGGCUUGCUCGUAUCUGUUAAUACGAGAUGCUGACUUGGUCUUGCGAACCUAAUU